CAAACAGCGUCUGCGGCAGGUUGGCAAAUGAAGCAAGUUAUCUUGAGGGCGCCACAUUUGCCUACCCCAGAAUAAUUGUGCCAAUUUUCUGUAUUACUGGGUUAUACAUCCAUAUUAGUAGCCCAUUGCCUAGCUUCUAAUCAUGAGUUUAUUUGGGACAACCACCGGUUUUGGUACUGGAGGAACCGGUGUCUUUGGAAGUACAACAACCGACAGCCACAAUCCCAUGAAGGAUGUUGAGGUGACUUCGCCACCUGAUGACAGUAUCAGCUGUCUGACUUUUAGCCCACCCACAAUGCCAGGAAACUUUUUAAUUGGCGGAUCCUGGGCCAAUGACGUGAGGUGCUGGGAGGUUCAAGACAAUGGGCAAACUGUGCCCAAAGCCCAACAAAUGCACACUGGCCCAGUGCUGGAUGUCUGCUGGAGUGAUGAUGGAAGCAAAGUAUUCACUGCCUCAUGUGACAAGACAGCCAAGAUGUGGGACCUAAACAGUAACCAGGCCAUGCAGAUUGCACAGCAUGAUGGUCCCAUCAGGACAAUACACUGGAUCAAAGCCCCUAACUACAGCUGUAUUAUGACUGGCAGCUGGGACAAAACACUGAAGUUCUGGGACACACGCUCCCCCAACCCUAUGAUGUCUCUGCAGAUGCCAGAGAGAUGCUAUUGUGCUGAUGUGGUGUACCCCAUGGCAGUGGUGGCCACGGCAGAGAGAGGUCUGAUCGUUUACCAACUGGAGAACCAGCCCUCAGAGUUCCGCAGGAUAGACUCCCCACUGAAACACCAGCAUCGAUGUGUGGCAAUCUUCAAAGACAAGCAGAACAAGCCCACAGGCUUUGCCCUGGGAAGCAUUGAGGGUCGAGUUGCCAUCCACUACAUUAACCCCCCAAACCCGGCUAAGGACAACUUCACCUUCAAGUGCCACAGGUCCAAUGGAACCAACACUGCCACACCACAGGAUAUAUAUGCUGUGAAUGCCAUCUCCUUCCACCCUGUCCAUGGCACACUGUCCACUGUUGGCUCUGAUGGACGAUUCAGCUUCUGGGACAAAGACGCCCGCACCAAACUCAAGACUUCUGAGCAGCUAGACCAACCAAUCACAGCUUGCUGCUUCAACAACAAUGGCAACAUCUUUGCCUAUGCCUCCAGCUAUGAUUGGUCAAAGGGACAUGAGUAUUACAACCCCCAGAAGAAGAACUAUAUCUUCCUACGGAACGCUGCUGAGGAACUGAAGCCUCGGAACAAGAAAUGAUUUGUCGUGCCGAGUCGCUGUUGUGUGGAAACAUGGAAGACCUGCUGCUUUAGUGUGUGUAUACGCUCAAGACAGUGACGCCUUCCUUUUGGCAAACACCUGGACCAAUGCUCUGGCAUUGCAUACUGUGCAUGGACCAAUCAGAGUUGGGUAAACACCCAGUCUUGAUGACAGCCGUGUGAAUAUUGGUCUCAUGGGGUCACAUUAAGGGGGGCUUUAUUGUCAUGAAUCUGGUUGUUUUUUUUAUUGAUGUCUGCAGCAUUUUGUUUUUUAUACUGCUCUCCAAAGACUUUACGUUCACUCUUGAUUUCAUGUCAUCCUGGUGUCGCUCGAAUAUUAAAUUUGAAAUGUGAAUUACUAAAUAAACCUGCGCAGGACCCACUC